ACCUUCAUGGACAUCAUCGCUACAUUUAGACAGCAUUACCACUGCGAUUACAUUGGCUCACCUGGAAACACCUGAGUCAGAGGCACAGAAGCCUCCUGCAUCAAUUUUUUUAUUUAUUUAUUUUUGCAUUUUCAAGUGUUUUGUCAGCUUUUUUAGGUUAGUUUCGCUCUUGGAGGACACUGGCUGUUGAAGUGGUAUACAGCUGCAUUACACUGGAUAUAAAGAAAUAUUAAUACAGAUUAAAAUGGGCUGCUUCACAUUCGUCAAAUUGAUGAUGGUCUUGUUCAACUUGCUUAUCUUUCUGGGGGGCCUGACCCUACUGGCGAUGGGGAUCUGGGUGAGCGUGGAUGGGGGCUCCUUCCUGCAACUGUUGGGGCCGUUUUCGACCCAAGCCAUGCAGUUUGUCAACGUGGGCUUUUUCUGCAUUGCCAUUGGGGUCUUGCUGGUGUUGCUGGGACUCCUGGGCUGCUGCGGGGCCCACAAGGAGAGCAAGUGUCUGCUGCUCACGUUUUUCUCCAUCAUCCUCAUCAUAUUCAUUGCUGAGGUGGCAGCAGGAGUCGUGGCUCUGGCCUACUCUUCAUUUGCUGAGGGCAUUCUGAGAGCGUGGGCCACCCCUGCUCUGCAAAAAGACUACGGCAGUGAUCCUGUGGUCACUAAGAUCUGGAACACCACCAUGACAGAGCUGAAGUGCUGCGGUUUCACCAACUACACAGACUUUGUGGGCUCUAAGUUUGAAAAGGAGAAUGGAGGCAGCCUCCCGCCCAGCUGCUGCUGGACAAACAUGGCCCCCUGCAGCCAGGACGAGGCAGAGCGCAGUGCGGUGCAGGGUUGUUUUCAACACAUCUUGAGCACCCUGAAAGAGCAUGCUAACAUUGUGGGAGGAAUCGCAGCAGGAAUUGGAGUCUUGGAGAUUGCUGCUAUGAUAGUGUCCAUGUACCUGUACUGCCACCUGGACAACAGAGUCAGCUGAGACUCCUUCAGAGAAACAUGACAGGACAUAGACACAGAUGGAUCACAUGUGAUUCUGUUUUUCAAUCAUCGUCUUUUAACUCACAUUCUCUCUUCUUUCAGGGAAAAGGUCUAGUUUCAUGGUGAAGUUGUGUGUAUGAUGCAGAACACAUUAAUAAAGAAUUCUGCUUUUUCUGUAGUAAAAUGUUACAGAUACUUCCUGCCUUAAUAUGAACAGCUACAAAGUGUAAAUAUUUCAUAUUUGUC